GACCGGUUACAGCGUGGGAUCCUCCUGGAGGGCUGUGUGACAAUAUUACAUCUCACACGUUCUCAACCAUUUGCAAAAAAAGGUAUUUUAUUAAGAAAGUCAUGUAAUUGUAAUUGAACAUUUUAGAUCAAAACCUGGCUUCAAAGAAACGUUUAAAGUUUGCGUGUAGCGCAGUUAUGACGCAAACAGGAAGCCCUGCCCAUUCCAGUUCCAGUUACAUCGAAACACCCCGUGAAAGGACUGUGCAGUGAGUCGAGAGCCUCUUUUUCCAGUAAGUUCAAAUGUUGAGCUCGAUCUUCAGCUGUGAAAAUGACAUGUUACUCUUCUACGCGACUGUUGUCUCCGUCUUGUUCGGUGGUUCGUCCUCUCUUCAAUUUGAAUCAAAGUGCUUUGGGAGCAGUUUGACUUUCCCAUUUUACUUAGGACCACCUCUUUUUUAUGGGCAGCUGUACUUCACUCCGAGUACAGGCGGACCAAGUCAGUUGAUGAUGGAUAACAUGAAGGCAAAGCAUCCACGCAUAAAGGUUGAGAGGACCUCGGUAAGCUUUAUACAGUUGACAGAGAAGGAUGAAGGAAUGUUUUCCACCUCACAUGACCAUGGUGCAAAACAAAAUGCACUGAAGCUGAGAAUUAUGGCAUGUGCCGACGAGGUAAUGCAGAAUUACGGGGACAAAUUCUCAAAAGAGGUUCCAAGAGAGGCAGAAUUCCUGGAGUUCACUCCCCUUCAGAGUGGGGACCAACUAAAGGUUUUGUGGAAUCGCUCUGAUCCUCAAGCCAUUAACCGAGGCAGGGGGCAGAUUAACCGUAAUUUCUACAACAUUAGAAAUCUCAAUCAGGCAGACACAGGCUUCUACAACUUCAGAGGAAAAGACAACACUUUGAUCUCUCGGAUAAAGCUCGAAGUCAAAGCGUGGCGAAGAUACUACAACAGAGAGGUGAACGAGGAGGUCUUGAUUGAAAACCCUCCAAACAUUCACCCGUGGACCGGGGCUUUUAGACCGGAGUUGGAAAUGGAAAACCAAACAUUGAUGAGAGGUGGCCGUCUGCUCACAGAAGAGGAGACUGACUCGCACUCAGUAAGUUUUGCAGGGAGGCUGCAGGCCGUUAGCGGGGGCAUGCGGAUUUCCCGCGUGGAAAUCACAGACUCGGGCACCUUUGCCUUUAGAGACCGAGAUGGCUACCUGGUGCUGACUGCAGACCUGAGGGUAAACUCGGCUCCUACAAUUUCACCCCCCUUUCCAACACUUCCUUUGGUUGGAUUAAUUGCUGGGAUUCUCUUUGCUCUGAUUUUCUGCUGUUGCUGUGUGAGGAAGUGCUGUUGUAAAACUAGUUCUCCUAAGAGGGACGAGUUUGCUACUCAGGCCGCAGCCCCACUUGCUGUGUAUCUCCAUGACACGAAUCAACCCCACUGCCCAAGUUACUGUGCUGCACCGGCUGUAGAUCCCACUGCUCCUUACUCAAUGAAUUCACUAGUUUCCAGGGAAAGUACAACUAUCUCCCUCGAGCCGUUGGUUGCUCCUCCAGGAGGGCAGGGAGUCGAUGCAGCUCCUUCACUCGGCCAGGAUUUUCUCUCCUCGGACACAGAGCCAACGUUUCAGCUGAAAGGGCCACAUUAUGCACCCCCCCUCAGUUCACGCUCAACUUUCUCUGAUGUUUAUACCUCAGAUAAACUCAACUUUCUGUAAAGAACACUCCAAAAACUCAGGUGACGCACUGUUGAAGCCAUUAUUGUACUUUGUGAGAAGGGGGAACACAACCAAUUCAGACCUUAAUAAGUCUGUCUGACCAAAAACGCACAUUUAACAAUAAAUUUGUGGUGAAAGCCAACGUGAUCAAACCAGUAAACUCUUGUAAAAGGAAAGGAUGAAUUUCUUUUUAAACUCAGGUUAUUUAAAUAAUGCAUGUACACUUUCCUCUGCUGCAAUCAUGACUGAAAGAUUUUAUACAGUGAGGACAUGAAGCUGAUCCUCAUGGACACCAACAUCAGUCAAUCACCAAUUAAAUCCUCUGUUACCAGCCGUACUUAAUGUUUUUUUGGUUGUUUCAAACCUCUAGUUGACAAUUCAGCCAAAUAUAUCAAUGUGUCUGUGGCAUUUGUCAUAUGAUUAUAACUAACCAUAUUUCAUGUUUUUACUUGCGCUAUGCUUUAUAAUAUGAAACUCUAUUUUUUGAGAAUAUGCCAUUAUUCAAUUAACCAUGACAUUUUUGUAAAAUACAUAUUUUAUAUAAAUAUGUGUCUGCAUUACAUGUAAAAUAUGUAAGUAUACUUUGACUUGUGUUUUAGUAUUUUGAAAGCUAAAUAAACUGCCUUACUGGA